UAAAUAGUUAGCAUGGCUACCGAAUUCAAUCCAAUUUGACUGCAGUGCCGCAGCAGGAAGGAGCGAGCGGGCUGUUUCCAUUUUAGCUUGAGCAGUGUUUAUCUGCUUCUGUUUAACCUUCAUAUCUAGCAAGAUGGGAACAAGAGAUGAUGAGUACGACUACUUGUUUAAAGUGGUUCUGAUUGGAGAUUCUGGUGUGGGGAAGAGUAACCUUCUGUCCCGUUUCACCCGCAACGAGUUCAACCUGGAAAGUAAAAGCACCAUUGGUGUGGAGUUUGCUACUCGUAGCAUUCAGGUGGAUGGGAAGACCGUAAAAGCCCAGAUAUGGGACACGGCUGGGCAGGAGCGUUACAGAGCCAUCACUUCAGCGUAUUAUCGUGGUGCUGUGGGGGCUCUGCUGGUGUAUGACAUUGCCAAGCAUCUGACCUAUGAGAAUGUGGAGCGCUGGCUGAAGGAACUGAGGGACCAUGCAGACAGCAACAUUGUUAUCAUGCUGGUUGGCAACAAAAGUGAUCUGCGCCAUCUCCGGGCUGUGCCCACUGAUGAGGCUCGCGCAUUCGCAGAGAAGAAUGGGUUGUCUUUCCUGGAGACAUCAGCUCUGGAUUCCACCAAUGUGGAGACAGCCUUUCAGACCAUCCUGACUGAAAUUUACCGCAUCGUGUCCCAGAAACAGAUGUCGGACCGCCGGGACAACGACAUCUCGCCCAGCAACAACGUGGUGUCCAUCCAGGUGCAGCCCACUGAGAAUAAGCCAAAAAUGCAGUGUUGCCAGAACAUCUAGCCCUCUUCAUGACCUCCUUUUCCUGCAAAGCCCACCUGCAGAAAAGCCUUCAUCCUUCCCUCUCUUGACACCCCUUCCCCCCCUCUCCCACCACUUCUUAAAGACUGCUUUGGUUCAGAGGUGCAGCUGCACACUUGGGCUAGAGCACAGAAGCUGUGUUUCCAAACCUCAGAUCUCAAAAGGGUUACCACCUGCGCUCUGGACUAACAUUUUGUUUGGUUUCUUUUUUCCUUCCUGCCGUGGUAGGCUUUUUUUAUUGCAAAAUUUUAAUAAUCAGUUCUUUACAGAAAUGUCUUAAGAUCUUCUUCUUUCGUUUGCGAACAGUGUGAGGUUUGUUCAUGUUGGUGUCUUGCGCAGCUGGCCCAUAUUUGUGUCUGAGCCUGUCACAAGAUUAGAUGGUGGCAUUAAGGAGGUGUUGCUGUAUGCUGUACUUAGAGAGUUUGGAUACUAGAUGUUAACUAGCAUUAGGCCCUAGGGAUCAUCGACGUCCCCACUUUAGCUCUGGCUGUGUGUAUGCAGAUGCUUCACUUUGCAUGUAAACUUAUACCAUUUUAGGAGCACUCGUAUUAUUGUGUUUUUGACGGUGUUUGAGCAGGAUAGCAUAACACGGUCAUGAUUCUCGUGGUCUGUAUAGUAGAAUAUACUUGCAUCCUUUUAUAUCGGCAUUCUAGAAAGAGGAGAGGGAAGAUGUUCUUUGGUACAGAGAACCCCCACAGACAUGACUCCUCAUACUGACUGAGAGUUCCUCGUGCUGCUGCUGUUUCCAUUCAUCCUGUGCAUUUCUUGUAGAGUAGUGCUUUUAGUGCCUUUUUCAGUGGAAUAUCACACGCAGGGAAAUCUCCAUUUUUGUGCAUGUGCUGACCUUGUGGGCUUCUUCCUCCUCUCCUGCUCUUCACAGCAGCGCUGUGAGGCCUUUAUCACAUGAUCUUCUGCAGUGCUAAAAUGGUGGCAUUCAUCUAUUCUGAGUGCUGCUUCUUUUUCUUGAUUUUUCUGCCUUCUGGUCCCAUUUGGUUCUUUUAGCCAGGUUAAAUGGAAAGAUUAAAUUGUUCAGUAAUAGCAGUCGAGGGGGGGAAGUCCAAGACAAAAACAUUUGAGCUGGGACUUUGAUUUCAGUGCUGUAAAAACACUGAGACACUAUAAUGAUUGAUUUAUGUAGUAUAGUAAGUGAGGAUAGAAAUCUUAGGCCAUCAUAGUAUCAGACAAACUUCCCAUCCAGUGUACCACUCUCCUUAGUCAAGAGAAAGAAUAGCCAGACCACUGCACACAAGACAUAACUGAUCAUUGUAGGCUGGAGUUUUUCUAUGUUUUUGCACCAAACGCACUCUUUCUUUCCUUCUCAAAUCCACACUACAGUUUAAUGCUUUAGUAUUUAUUCUAUAGUAGCCAACUGAUAUUGUUUUGUGCCUAUUAUGUGAGACUCCUGAAAUUUUAUGUUUCUGAUCAAAAUAAAUUAAGAAUGUAUAAUGUAUUGUAGCCCAGUAUAAUCAUGUUGUGACCUGUAAAAGUAAGCGUUCCUAGGAUCCAGCAGAUGUGGAGAACAUCAUAAACUGCAAAUCAUUUUUGCACCAUGGCCGCCUAAGGAAUAGUAUUGUGUAUACAGUAGAAAUGAUCGUGAGGACAAUAUGCAUGAGCUGUUCUGGUAUAUUCUUAAAACCCUACACCCUCUCUAUUACACUUAAAUGUUAAGAAAAUUCUCCCUAAAGCUAGGCACUCCGAGACCCCUUUGGGUUAGUGUGGGGAACCCCCCUUGUAAUAGUUGGUUUAAUAAUGCAAAAUUAUAAUGAGCAAUGUGUAGGUUUGAACCUCUUGACAGCUUUUCUCAAAAUCAUAGUGAAUUCAGUAUGAACAUUGCAAUAUGACAGUCUAUAGCAAAAUAGAACAGUUGUAAAGAAAAUUGUAGACCUGUUAAGUUGGACACUGUCUUUCUCUAUGCAUUCUGUGACUAUAUGGUAUUGGGCCUUCCUCCAAACUGGCCCUUGGGACCCUGACACUAAUCCUGUAACUGACUGGCUGGUAGGGGGCUAAAGGGCAGUGCCAAUGAUGUGUGGGUACAGAUGGCACAGCUAUGCCUAGCCUAAGCACUGAACAUAGCUAGUGUGUCUUACAUUUAUUCUGAAUAUUGAUGUUUUGUCAGUUCUUUCACAUAAUUGCCUCAAACAUUUGUUUAGUCUGUGCUGUACUGUGAUUUUUUUUUUUAUUUUUAUUAUCAUUAUAUUAUUACUCUGUCCACUGUAAUUCAAAUUUCAAAGCGAAAAAUAAAAUUAAGUGAGUAAUUUAGGAAA